CCCUCCGCGUUGAAGUACCUAGCUGGUCGAACGGCGGUUGUGGGGAGACGGAGACAAACAUCCGGAGCGUUGCUGGAGCUCACCUCUCGCUUAUCGUUUAACGCGCUCCGUAAUACUUACCUUUGCACCGAGCUGAUCUCUUUGCGUGGCUCCACCACACUCCGGGAAGCACUUUGGGACCUGCAUUCGCGUUUACGGGGCGCUAUGUGAAUGCAACGCGGCCCUUGUUGGGCUCCGGCCGGACCUCAGCCACUGAGGCCGCUUCCCUCCCACCCUCCGUCCGUCAACCACUGCAGCGGCGGCGAUUGAAGGCGGCCUGGCCGGCGCUGGGAGGCGGAAGUGUCGCAUUAUUGUUGUCGGCCGAUCCCAGGGCAGCGGCGGCACCGAGCGCGAGCCCGAGGGCCAGUGUGAUGAGUUGAACUUGCAAGCAAUAUGACAACAAAGGAAGGGUGAAUUUUUUUUGGGCAUCUAUUGUUGGCAUGUGGAUCAUUGCAAAGUUCAGCUGAAGUUGGUGUUGGGCUGCAGUCGUCAUUUUGAGACCAUUUGCAACAUCUAAUACCAUCUUGGAACGGAGGACAUCAUGAAGCUAAAGCAGCGUGUUGUUUUACUAGCUAUCCUUCUAGUUAUUUUUAUUUUCACAAAAGUGUUCCUGAUUGACAAUUCAGACUCAUCUGCAACUAAUCGAGAGGAUCAACAUUCCUUCCAGCAUAUGAUGGAUAAACUUAAAAUUGAACUGAAUCCGAAUCUGGAGCACACUCUGCAGUCACCAUGGGAAAUUGCAGCACAGUGGGUUGUUCCCAGGGAGGUGUAUCCAGAAGAAACUCCAGAGCUUGGAGCUAUAUUGCAUGCUAUGGCCACCAAAAAGAUCAUCAAAGCUGACGUGGGCUACAAAGGAACCCAGCUGAAAGCUCUGCUUGUUCUUGAAGGUGGACAGAAGGUUGUGUUCAAACCUAAAAGGUACAGCAGGGCUUAUGUGGUGGAAGGGGAACCGUACGCUGGUUAUGACAGACACAAUGCUGAAAUAUCUGCUUUUCAUCUGGAUCGGAUUUUAGGAUUGCGCCGUGCUCCAGUAGUUGUCGGGAGAUACGUAAAUCUAAAUACAGAGAUAAAACCAGUUGCAUCUGAGCAGCUUCUGAGCACCUUCCUCACAAUAGGGAACAAUAGUUGCUUCUAUGGAAAAUGCUACUACUGCAGGGAAUCAGAACCAGCCUGUGCAGAUGGGCAUAUAAUGGAAGGAUCUGUCACACUAUGGCUACCUGACAUCUGGCCUUUGCAAAAACACAGACACCCAUGGGGCAGGACCUACCGAGAAGGAAAACUAGCCAGGUGGGAAUAUGAUGAAAGUUACUGUGAUGCAGUAAAAAAGACCCCUCCAUAUGAUUCUGGUCCUCGACUCCUAGAUAUAAUAGAUACUGCGAUUUUUGACUACUUGAUUGGUAAUGCAGACCGACAUCAUUAUGAAAGUUUUCAAGAUGAUGGUGGAGCAAGCAUGUUAAUUUUGCUGGACAAUGCAAAAAGCUUUGGGAAUCCAAGUUUAGAUGAAAGAAGCAUUUUAGCAUCUGUUUAUCAAUGUUGCAUUAUUAGAGUGUCUACCUGGAGCAGGUUAAAUUACCUAAAGAAUGGAGUUCUCAGUACAGCAAUGCGGACAGCCAUGUCACAUGAUCCUAUUAGCCCCAUUUUGACAGAUGCCCAUUUGGAGGCCAUGGAUCGACGGUUAAUGAGUGUCAUUGCAACAAUCAAGCAGUGCAUUGAACAAUUUGGCACAGACACCGUGCUGGUGGAAGACAGAAUGCAAUUAUCCCACUUAAAAUAAGGUGCUCGAAAUGAAAACCAAGUAACACUAAUUUCCCUGCAUAUGUCAAACAAGCAUACACAACGUGAACAGUGCACGGUAUGGUGUACAAACUCAAGGAAAUUUAAGAAAACGAUUCUAUUCUUUUUAGGGUUAUAAGUUAUUUGGUAAGGUAGGUGUAACCUGGGAUAGGUACUGGAAAAUCUGUUGGCUGGACUGAAUUCUACUGAUCCUGGAAGCACUGACAAAUAGAUAAGAGUUAAAAGGAAGCAGUAAAAUGUUUUCUUGAAGUAAUGCUUUAACUUGAUCUUUAUGCAAAUGUAAGCAUGUUCUUUGUGGUUUUACCUUAUGUCAAAUAAUGCAGACCUGUUUUAAGUGUCUUUAAGAAAGUUGAUGAAUCUAUGCUUAAUCUGACAUAUCUAUUACCUACAAGGAGGGAAAGAAUAAUUUAAAUCCUUGAUCUUACACUGCCAAUAGUGAAAUCCAGAUCAUUGUCCAACUAGAUAUGCUUUUACUUAACAAGCCUACCUAGGUUACAUUGGAUAUAUUUAAUGGACAGAUUAUAAACCCAACAAAUUGAGGUCUUGUCUCACUUACUCUGUUGUAGAAAUCAAAAUGUUUCAAAAUUUGGCUAUACAAUACAGUACCAGCAUUGCUAAAAUACAAAUUAAAUGCACAAGAGGCAGAAUGUGAUAGAGUACAUUUUUAUCUCAAACUACAGAACAUAUUUUCUUACUUUUACUUCAGUGUAUUUAAAGCUUUAUGUAACUCUUGGGGUUAAGUUCUUUUCUUGUAGAAGUAGUGUUCAAUCAUUCUUGUCCUGUUUAAAGUGUACUGGUGAACUUUAAACCAUAAUUUUUACACUAUAGCACUCUAAUGUUCAGAUCCCAACCAAUUUGAAUUUUGGUGCAUUAUGGAUAAUUCAAAUUUACCUGGUCUUGCAGAUGGAUUUUGCUAGUUUUGCCAGGCCUGUCUGUUGAGCACAGUGGUCAUGCUAAGGGAGGGAGUUAUACUUAGAACUGCGCAAUAUAUAAGUAUGGGACCAAUUGAACAGUCUGUGUCUAUAGUUGAGACUGUUCUCUUGGGAAGAGGUUGGAUUAAAAGAAGUUGUGAAUUUCUACAUUUAUUAUUGUUUUGACUGUUUUUUUAAAUUAUGUCAGGACCCAAGUUAAAGGUAACAGAAAAGUAUGUCUAAUUGUUGUCAGUUAAAAAAGAUCUUUGGGAUUCUUUUUACGGUGACAAGUUUGAGCUGUUGGUUUACUGCAUUCACAUUUGUGUGUGCUAAGCAUAUACGUGAAAUACCCAAAAUCCAACAGUUGAACUUUCAAAGCUGAUAGUCAAUAGUAAUUUGCUUUUCCCUGAACAAUAUCCACCACCUUUUGGUUUGAUGUUUACAUUAAUAGCUGCAAACCAGGAAGGCUUGGACUUUUUAAGUCAGUGGUACAAAUUUUAAGAUGUGGGAACUUUUGAAGUACAGUAGUAAAGUGUUGUAUAAAUAAUUAUUCAGAUAAUUUAUUUGUUGGGAGUAGCCAUGAGCUAUUGCCACCUGGGCGUUACAUAAUGCAACUGAUAUGUGGAAGAUUGUUUCUUAUUUUAGUGGAGAGAAUGAAUGCAGCUGUGGUUUAAAUUCUUUGAUAACUCAGCUGUUUGAAAAAUGUUCUGAUCAUCUCCACUGCAAAUAAACAGUUUAACUUAUCUGUAGGUUAAAGCCCUUCUAUUUUAAUGUAUAAAAAUAAAGCACAGCUUCAACAAGUUUCCAUUUUCAUUAAUACAUUAUAAAAUUCUCAGGUCUAUGAAUGGCUAUCAGCAAGUAAUGUUUUUUGUCAUUGAGUUUAUAUGAGUUGCAUGCUGGAGUAUUUGUGUUCCCAUUUAAAACAGUUUAAGUACUUCAUUUUUAAAGUGUUCUUCUGUGCUUAGACAAAUCAAUUCCAUCCAUGGAAAGCAGACUGAUAUUCUUAUCAGAGAUAAAUUCCUAUUCAUGUUUUAAGGUGGCUGCAUCACUUGCUUGUCUUUUGCCCCCUUUCCCACCAGUUUUGACUUGCGACUCUCCCUGACAAUACAAUUACAACUCGAAACUUGUUUUAGUUCUUCUAAUUUGACGUCAGUUGAUCUUACAGGUUUUCAGUUGUUUACACAUUACCCAGUUUUCCCAUUACAAAGUAUUGAUGUAUCCCUGGUUUCUUUUGUCCUUUAAGAUAAGAUUUCUUUAUUAGUAAUUCCAAUUUUCACUGCAAAACUGAUGUUGCAGUUGAUAUUGUAACCCACCAUGCUGGCAAUGGUUGGCCACCCCAAAUGCCAAAGUUGAAAAAUCUUUUUUGCUAAUCUUUAACCAAAUUUUUUGAUUAAUUUUAAUCUGUCCAAUAAAUAACAUUAUAGUUGAAAUGGCAUAUUGUAAUGUUUCUGUCUUCAUUCAUCAAUGACAACUGAAAUCCUUCAUAUAGCAAAAAUUCUUUAUAAUACAAGAACAAACCAAUAAUAGGAGCUGGAAUUUUAUAGCCAUGUAGACCCAUACAUACUUUAUGCUUUCUA